UUCUCUCCGCCCACAUCCGGUCUCCUUUCCCGGCCGGCCGUUCGCAUCCUUGCGUUCUCCCUGGGCGGCUUCCCGGCGGCGAUGCGGCGAUGUUUGUGCAGGAGGACAAGAUCUUCGCGGCGAAGGUGCUGCGGGUCCGCGUCUGCGCCCUGGACGGCACCGAAUGGCUGGAGGAGGUGCCCGAGGACGCGGCCGUGGAACGGCUCAAAGAGCGCUGCCUCAAACGCUGUGCACCCGGCAGCCUGGAGGAUCCAAAAUGUAUAACACACCAUAAAUUGAUACAUGCAGCUUCAGAAAAGGUGCUGACCGACACAAAAACGGUCCUGGAGGAAAAUAUUCAAGACCAAGAUGUUUUAGUGCUAGUCAAGAAAAGAGCCCCACCUGCCCCUCCAAAAAUGGUGGACAUUUCUGCAGAGGAAAAACGGAAACAGGAACAGAAGGCACCUGACAAGGAGGCAAUUCUGAAGGCAACCACCAGCCUCCCAUCCCACAGUGUGGACCGCAGUGUGGCUCACCACAGUAUGAGGGAUUUCCAGACGGAGCUUCGGAAGAUCUUGGUUUCUCUCAUAGAAGUUGCCCAGAAGCUGCUAGCUUUGAACCCAGAUGCAGUUGAGCUCUUUAAGAAAGCAAAUGCCAUGCUGGAUGAAGAUGAGGACGACCGAGUGGAUGAGAUUGCCUUGCGCCAACUGACAGAAAUGGGCUUCCCAGAAAGCAGAGCGGUCAAAGCCCUUCGCUUGAACCACAUGUCUGUGACUCAGGCCAUGGAGUGGCUGAUUGAACACACGGAUGACCCCACCGUUGAUGCCCCCCUGCCAGGUCAGUUCUCUCUGGAAAAUGCCUCAGUGGAAGGAGUGGCAGCCCCCCCUGCCCAGGCGCUCGAGGGGCCCAACCAAGAAGUCGGGAGAGAAGAGCCAAAAGAUGAGCUGACAGAAAUAUUCAAGAAGAUCCGCAGGAAAAGAGAGUUCCGGCCUGAUCCGCGGGCUGUUAUCGCCUUGAUGGAGAUGGGCUUUGAUGAGAGAGAGGUGGUGGAUGCCCUCCGAGUGAACAACAACCAGCAGAACGCAGCAUGUGAGUGGCUGUUGGGAGACCGGAAGCCCACCCCAGAAGACUUAGACAAGGGGAUAGAUCCUGCCAGCCCCCUCUUCCAAGCCAUCCUAGAAAACCCAGUGGUACAGUUGGGACUCACGAAUCCUAAAACACUACUCGCCUUUGAAGACAUGCUUGAAAACCCUUUAAACAGCACUCAGUGGAUGAAUGAUCCAGAAACAGGGCCAGUCAUGUUACAGAUUUCCCGAAUCUUCCAGACGCUGAAUCGCACAUAGGAGGAAGAGGAGGAGGAAGAAGAAGAUGAUGAAGAACAAGAAGAAGGGGGGAGGAGUAAACAUCCUUGCUUGUAUGGUCAUUUUGGACUCUUUUUGGCCCCGAGUUUCCAGAAGAACAAAAAGGGCAAAUUGUUUACCAGGAGAGAGCAGAAGUAGUGUGUUGGGUGUUCACUCUUUGCAUUUUGGGGUUGCUGUGUCACCCACUUUUUUGUUUGCAGUUCUGGCUUACAUACUGUGUGAUUAUUAUUAUUAUUCCACACACACACACCCCGUGUUAGUGGAAGAUGGUUUGAAGACUUAGGUGUUUGUUUUCUUUCAAGUGUUUCUAUAGAAACAGGAAAUUAUACAUCUAAAUACAUGAAAAGGUGUUCACAGUUAUCUCAGAAUGUGUUUAUUGAAGAAAUGAAAAGAUAAUUCAUGUUUUUAAUGUUCAGACUGAGUGCAGAGGCUUCUUCCUGACUGGCCCCACAGUGUCAGCUCCAGAAUGUUUGUUUCUCCUCAUACAGUUACCUCUGCACUGAGAUAACGAACACCAUUCUGGCAUUCUGUUUUUUGUCAUUGUGGAAUAGAGAGACCCUGGAAGUAACCUUCCUCACCCCAUCUGAAGGAGCUGGCAUUAAGAACAUAAGAAUUGGUCACCCCCAGCUUUUUCUUUCUGUCUGAAGCCCUUCUGAGGCUGGGUCUGUUUUUGGUCAGGGUUCCUUCGCAGAGAAUAAAACACAUCUUGCAUGUG